AGAUACGAGAUACUCAGAUGUCGUGAGAUCGGUAUGCAGCGUACUGUUGAGCUAGUUCGAGCUGUCAUCAGUGCAACAGAAGCAUCGCUCGAAUUAUGGCUAACUACAUACAUCACCCUCUCACCAAAACAACACUGUCUUGAUAUUGAACAGCUCAGCGCUCCCGCCCUUCUCAAUUUCCUGAAAUCUGGAGAAGUGUGGGUCUAUGGCACCGAACGCAUGCAUCUGGUAUUGGAUAUUAGCUUGCGAGGAGAGCCAAUGGAUCUGUAUGACACGAAAGCUCUAGCCGCGGCCAUCGUGGAUGCGCCCGCUUGGUGUCAAUUGAAGCUCUCGCCUUCUUUACCAGUGGAAUACGGACAGAUCAGCAAUCAAAGUAUACACAUCAAUCUCGACCGAUCCCCCAAUGAUGUCGAAGAGCGGGCUAAAAAAUGUCAUCGUAUAACUGCCAAGGUCGUUCCUGACGGCAUUGCAACGCUUGCGCUGCACUCAAUUCGCUUCCAUCUGGUCAUACUAGAGAAUAUGAGCAAGGGUUCUGGACAGCGCCAGCAAAAACCCAAUCCUAAGAGCACCCCUACUUUGUUUCAGGGCAUGACUGAUGCCGAGCACGAGAACAACGAUCUUACACCCGUACUUUCCGAAGAGCUACUUGAUGUCAGGGAUGAUUCAAACGAAGAAAUAUUGUUCACGACGUCGAGCCCAGCACCAAUGCCUCGACCUCGCAAACGAAAACGAUCCGUGAGCCUUCCCGACGUGCAUGUAGAAGGUCUUGCAGAUAUGCCGUGUAACAUUAGACGCCAUGAUACAUAUGACACUCCGCUUUCAUUGUGUGAUACGCCGGAAAGAUCAGAAUCGCGACUACUUUCUCACAUGGUCGAUGCGGCUGUUCGUUUUUCAGCUUUCACUUCUUUGAAAGGUGCAACUGGUGGUUUAAAAGUCAAAGCAAAUGCUUUCCCAACGAGACUCGCCGAUAUUGCCCCGGUUGUGUGGCGACCUGGUUUCCUCUCUGCACUGUCGCAAAGAGCGUGUCUCGCGCCUACUCUGAACUCAUCCCUUAAUCGAAUCAUCUCAAAGGCAAAGACAUCGCACUUACAAGCUCCCAGUACCAAUUUCUACGUCAAUUUGCCUGCUGAUGAACCUCCAUAUGCAAUCAAGACGACGUACGCAGCAACAAAUGACAUUGACUCUCGAGAUUCGAAAUCCACUUGGAUUUACACUCACAAGACUUUGCUCUCGAGGCCCGCAUCAGGCUCCUUGCAACCAUUUUGUUCAGUGUUGCCAUCUGGAUGA